AUGUCAUUCAACAGGGGUGCCGUCGUUUCAGUACAGUACGGGGACUGCGCAUGGGACAUCAAGCUCAACUUGGCGGCAAACACCGCGUGUCUUGAAAGAGACACCGCCACCUUAGCACUAGAGUUACAAGCUGCUCUAAACCUCAGCACGCCUCCGGUUGGGCUGAGGCUACGCGUGGCACCCGGCGCUCAGGCAGUGAUUUGUCCGCUCAGCGCCGUGAUCGCGUGUCCGUCGUACAUCGCCACCGCCUAUCAAGGCAUGUCUUGGUUCCCGCUGCUGGAAGGGGGAGGCGAUGACCACCAAGAAGCACCACCCAAUGCACCACCAGCAGCACCGCAAACCCAACUGCCAGCGCCUCCCUCGGACGACCCUCUCCUACCCCCACCCCUGGGGUCACCUCUGGAUCACGAACUGUCCUUCCUAGCCACCGGAGGAGGAUUCACGGCGUCUCCCUCGGAGGGGUGCGGCCGCCCGCUCACGGCGCCCCCCGGCGACCGCACGCGGGGAAUGACGAGGCCGCACCCGGGCCGUCGAGAGGGCCUCGGCAGACCCAUGUCGGCCACGCCCAGCGACAAGAGCUUCGGGAUGCGGCGGAUCCGCCCGGGAAAGAGCGAGGGCUUCGGAAGGCCCGUCACGGCGCUCCCCAGCGACCACAGCCACAGCGGCAGCCCCGCGUGGGGAAGUCCCCACGGCUUCCGGUGCGAAGAGACCACCACCACCACCGCAGAGGACGCAGGUGCGCGCCGGCCGGCCACUGCUCCCGCGCUUCGGCGACAGCCCUCCUCGAAUCUCAGCGGCUCGCGGAAUGAGAACGGGGUGUUCGGCGAGCGGUUCGGACGAGGGGGGUCUGUGGAGGUGAACGAGGAGACGGGAGGGGUGGCUGCGGCGCAUCAUCGACCGAUGCCCGAUGGCGGUGGCCUAGGGGGAGAUGGUCGUGCGGUGGGCGGUGACGUCGACUGGGGGUGGUGUGGAGCUGGUCCGACGAGGGAGUGUUGGGCGUGA